ACUGUCAUUUUUACAGUAUGGCGUCUUCGUAACCAAUGGAUUCCACUCACACGGGCCAUCGAGCACAUAAACAUACACUGUGAAAAAUUGCUUUAGGGUAGAAUUAAACAUCGGGAACUGUGCACUAUGGGAGAUAAUUUUGUGAAGAAGACCCAGGACACACUUGGGAAUAUAAUCAAAAAGCCUCCUUUGACAGAGAAACUGUUAAAUAAGCCACCGUUUCGUUUUCUACACGAUGUUUUCAUGGAGGUAAUAAGAACGACAGGUUUCAUGAAAGGACUGUAUACUGCAACAGAAAUGGACUCGCAGAAUGUUAAGAUGAAGGACAGAGAAAGCAAGGUAGCAUUUCUUCAGAAGGCUAUAGAUGUCAUAAGUAUGGUUACCGGUAAACCACUUUCAGUAAAAACGUCCAAGAUUGUUGCAGGACAUGAACCCGAAAAGACAAACGAAAUGCUCCAAGCGCUGGCCAAAGCUAUUCUUGAUAAGUUGGAUAGCAGUGAUGCAGUCAAGAAAGUUCUGAAAGGCGAGAAGCCAAAGUCAAGUAAACCACCAAAACCAAAAAAAGAAGAAACAGAUGACAGAAAGAAAAGUGGAGAUAAACGAUCACAAGACAAUAAAGAUCGAAAAGAUAGUGCUGAGAAAAAAGGUGGUUCUGAAAGGAAUGACAGCACAGGCAGGAAGGGAAGUGCGGAUGAUAAUAAGCAAAGGAGUGGAAGUAAAGAAAGGGAUAGAUCAAGGGAAAGGUCAAGAGAUUCAAGUAAAAAUCAGAAAGAACACAAGAAAGAUAGAGAUAAAGAGAAGGAAAGGAUAAAAGAUGAAGAUAAUAAAAAAGACAAAGAAUCAGAAAAGGACAGAGAAAGAAGAGAACGAAAGCGAAGAAAAGAACUUGAAGACGCAGCACGUCGAGAGAAAGAGGAACAAAAUGAGGGACAGAAUGAUGAUGAUGAGAGUGAUGAUACUGAGGAUCUAAGGCCAGCAGCACCUGAGUCUAAAGAAGGCAGCGGUCGAAUGCCAAGGCCUUCCUCUGCCAAGGGAAAAAGAAGUCGACCAUUGCGAGAUGGUGAUGACUCAGAUUCAGAUAAAGAUUACGAUCAGGAACGACAAGAUGGUGAUCUACUACCCUCUCAAGUUCAAGCAAGCCGCCAAAUGACUAGACCAAGCAGUGCAAGACCAGCUCCACCUAAGAUAAAACAAGAACCAGUUGAGGACCCUAACAUAAGGAUCGGUAGUGGAAAGCAAGUUACAAAUGUUAUUGUAGACAAUGGCAUCAAUUCUGAUGACGAUGAUGAUGCAUUCCUAGUGGAGGAAGCUCAACCACUCACUCAGGAUGACCAACAGAAUGGACCCGAUGCAUCUCCAGCUACGGACAAACAGAUUGGUCUUAGUGAAGUGGACGAUGAUGGCCAACAUGGAUCUCUAGUCAAGAAAAUAAUGGAAACCAAGACGGAACUAGAAAGGAAAGACCAAAAGAAAGAUGAUAAACCAAUAAUUCUUGAUGCAGCUCGUAAAAAGGAGCGGCAAAUGGUUCAGCGAGAGGUAGAGAAGCUACGUGGCUUCAUCCAGACCUUAACACGAAGUGCCAAUCCUUUAGGGAAGACCAUGGACUACUUACAGGAAGACAUGGACAGCAUGCAAAAAGAACUGGAUAAAUGGAAGCGAGAGAAUAAAGAACAUGCCUUAGCAAUUAAAAGAGAAGAAAAUGUGACUGAAGGAGAGUUAGAACCUCUUCAUGCCCAGUUGGCAGAGCUGGACCAGUCCAUUGCUGAUCAGGUGGAGCUUAUAGGUGCCGUCAAGUCAAACAUUUUACGCAAUGAGGAAAAAAUGACAAAAAUGAUGAACAGCGUUGUACUGUCAUGAAACAUCAGCAAAUAUAUUGGCCUAAAUUUUUGAAAGAUAUUCUUGUUUAGUAAAAAGUACAUCAGAAUCCCUUUACUUUCUGGUGAAGGGGAAGUGUGCAAAUUGUUAACUGAGUCAGUGGAUGAGAGGUAAUGAGGAAUACUCAUUGACUGUCAGUUGGUAAGAAGCAAGUGAAAACAUGUGAACACAAGGCAACCCUAUUCCUUGAAAUUGACCCUAACUGUAUUUAUGACUUUUAGUAAGUACAGUACUAUUGUACAUAUUAAUUUAAUUGAUACCAUAAUGGAAUGGUAAACUCCAUUAAAAUUUGCAGCAAAAUACCUAAAACCAGCCUUAAAUCAUGGCUAAAAGUACAAAAAAAAAAAAC